UCAGAAUUCUGAGAAUAAAGUCAGAAUUCUGACUUUAUGGCGUGGGGUGGCGGAGGGAAAGUCAGUGUGGUGUGGUUUUGACCAGAGAGGACAUUAUGUCGUCAACGAGUGACUUUUUGCGUGCCAGAGGAUUGCCGGAGGACAUCAUUUCACACUUGGAGGAGCAGGGGAUUGACAGUGAUGUCAUCGCACUGAUGGACGAUGCCGCUCUUGCCAAUUACAUCCCUCGCUAUGGAGACCGCAUUGCACUCUUUAAUUUUUGCAAGACGAAACAGCCUACAUCCAAAAGAAAAAACGGACUUUUAGAAAAACUACGUGAAAAAAUGAAACUCAGGAAAGACAGUGACAAAGAGGACACCACCUCAAAGACACAACCACAAGAGACAAAGAAGCAGAAAACAACAAGAAAUAUUGCGAUCGGAUGGAUACACAGUGAUGGAAAGAUGACCAAACAGGUGAGGGAGAAGCAGGGAGGGGGUACCAGAAAACUUCAAAUGUCCACAGAAGCUGGGUUGAAAGACAUUCUCAAGGAAGGAAAACAACUAUUUUUCCCAAAUGGGAUUUCUCCCAAAGGAUCAGAAUUGGACUUUGAGUUUGAGGUUUGGGAUUUCAAACAAAACUGCCUCACUGAUGACACCUGCCAUUCCAUCGGCUAUAUGUACGAGGCUGCAAAGCUAACAUUGUUGCGUUUUUACAUUGCAACAAGACCAAAAGAGAACCAAGAUGAUGUCCACACACAUGAGGAAGUUACGUCAGACAAUGGCAGUGAAUACAAUGCCGCAGAAAGUGACGAGGUCUCUGUUUAUUCAAAUGAAGUCUACCAGCUAUUCAACAUUUCUGUUGAUUCAGAAAUUACCUUUGGUCCCACAUAUGACACACAGGAAGAUACAGAAGUCACAAUGAUCUACGAUGGUCCUGCUAUGCCCCUCAAUCCACCUGAUCCACAAGAUGUGUUGACUAUAACUGUCCACUCCAGUGACACAUUGAAUGAUAUGAUAAGAGCAUUCUGUAAAGAAGAAAUACUGAACAAACCACUCAGUGUGAAACGUAUACUCCCAGGUGAUAGAGAAGAAGCAGGUGUUGGGUCUGGAGUACUGACAGAUGUUCUCACCUGUUUCUGGCAGGAAUUCUAUGACCGAUGCACCCUUGGUACAUCAAUUAAGGUGCCAUUUAUCCGUCAUGAUUUUUCUGCAGCAAAGUGGAAAGCAGUUGGGAGAAUACUUAUAAAAGUGAUCCAAAGGCCCACUUUCUGCAGUUUGUGAGCAGCCAGGAGCGUGACGUUUUGAUGGACGCAAUGAAGAACUUUUCAGAAGUGGACCAAGAUGAUCUUGUGGAAGUUCUUGACAGCUAUGGGUGUAGAAAGAGGAUCACACCUGAAACCUUUCCCACAAUACUGCAGGAAAUAGCGCACAAAGAGCUUGUCCAAAAGCCCAUGUUUGUUAUUGACUGCUGGAGGGAGGUUACUUUUCACCAUGACUUCAUAAGUCCUGACGCACUUAACAAGUUGUGCUCUGACUUGCAACCUACUUCCAAAAAGGUCUGCCAACUGCUGAAAUUUCCAAACCAUUUAACCUCAAAGCAG